UUGCCGUGUAUAUAAAAGAGAACGUCUGGACACAACGAUAGUGCUGCAUAGACCGCGCCGUUACCGAUAGUUGCACGUCCCGCGUACAGUCUCUCGCUACACACGAAUACGCAGUCCUCGAGGAAACUAUUGUUCCUCCGCGCAGCGAUGAAGCAGGGAAUCGUCGCGCCGAUCGUGGCCCUCGCGGUCGCGAUCGCGCUGUUCGGGGAGGCGAUCGCCUACGCUCCGUCCGGGAAGAUAUUCACGAUCUGCGUGCCCGAGGUUUACUGGAAGGAGUGCAAGGAGAUGAUCGAGGACUCCGCCCUCAGGGGCAUCCCGAUCUCCUGCGUCUCCGGCCGAGACCGGUACGAGUGCAUCGAUAAGGUCGGCAGGAAGGAGGCGGACGUGGUUGCCGUAGACCCGGAGGACAUGUACAUGGCCGCCGAAGACAACGAGCUGGCUGCCAACGCUGGGUACACCGUCGUCGAACAGGUGAGAACCAAGGAGGAGCCGGACGCGGUGUUCCGCUACGAGGCGGUGGCGGUGAUCCACAAGGACCUGGACAUCAGCAACGUGCAGGGUCUGCGCGGACUGCGGUCCUGCCACACGGGAGUGGGCAGGAACGUCGGCUACAAGAUACCGAUCACCAAGCUGUCGGCCAUGGGAGUGCUGCCGAACCUCCACGACCCGGAGUACUCCGCGCGCGAGAACGAGCUGCGCGCGCUCAGCUCGGUCUUCUCGAAGGGCUGCUUGGUCGGCACCUGGUCCCCUGACCCUGCGAUCAACCGACGUCUAAAGGAAACGUACGCCAACAUGUGCGCACUCUGCGAGAAGCCGGAGGUCUGCGACUACCCGGACAUCUACUCGGGCUACGAGGGCGCGCUGCGCUGCCUGGCGCACAACGGCGGCCAGGUCGCCUGGACCAAGGUCAUCUACGUGAAACGCUUCUUCGGCUUGCCGGUCGGCGUGACCCCCGCGGUCCCCACGGCCGAGAACCCCGCGGAUUAUCGAUACUUCUGCCCGGACGGCAGCAAGGUGCCCAUCGACGCGGAGACGAAGCCGUGCACCUGGGCGGCCAGACCUUGGCAAGGCUACAUGACCAACGACCUCGCGACCAAGCCGGACAACGUGAAAGCCCUGCAGAAGGAACUGACGGACCUCGGCAAGCUGGGAGAAGAGGAGAAGGCCGACUGGUGGAAGGACAUCAUGCUGCUGGAGCCGAAGACUCUGGCCGUUCCGGCGCCGCUCGAACGACCCGGCGACCACCUGACCAACGCCAAGUACAAGGACGUGAUCGAGAGGAACUCCGGCGCGGUCGGGAAACUCGCGAAGUGGUGCGUCUGGAGCGACACCGCGCUGGACAAGUGUCGCGGCCUCAGCCGAGCCGCGUUCACCAGGGAGGUGCGGCCUAAGUUCGAGUGCGUGCGCGAGAAGGACCAGGCCGCGUGUCUGAAGGCUCUGCAGGAAGGAAAGGCCGACCUGGUGGUCCUCGACGGAGGCGCCGUGCUGCAGGCGAUCCGGGACGUCAACGCGCAGCCGGUCGCCGCGGAGACCUACGGCCCGGGUACGACCAAGAACGGCGAGAGACCGGCGGUCGCGGUGGUCAAGAAGUCCUCUCCGAUCAGCAAACUCGCCGAUCUGCAGGGCAAGCGGUCCUGCCACAGCGGCUACAAGGGCGACUUCGCCGGAUGGACCGCGCCGAUGCACGUCCUGAAGCAGCAGGGUCUGAUACGCAACGAGGACGAGGCGGACAGCUUCUUCAACGGAUCCUGCGCACCGGGCGCGCCCGUUGACUCGAAGCUGUGCCAGCAGUGCGUCGGAAGCGUCGCGGCCAACGACGAUCGAAUCCGUAACGCCACCAAAUGCAAGCCGUCCGAAGCGGAAGCUUUCAGAGGCGGCGCAGGAGCCCUCGCAUGUUUGAUGGCGGACAAGGGAGACGUGGCGUUCUUGCCGUUAACCGUGCUCUCGCAACUCGACGAGACCGACAAAGACAAAGACACGGCGGACGCCGGUCGCCAGAAGGAAGCGAAGAGCACCGACUUCGAGCUGCUGUGCCCGAAUGACGCGCGCGCGCCCGUCGACGGAUGGAAAGGAUGCAACUGGGGCAUAGAGCCGCCUCGGGUGAUCGUCAGCUCCGGCAAGACCGUGAACGCUCUGGAGGAACUGACCCACGCGACGCUGGCCGCGAGCAGCCUCUACGCGAAGCGGCCGGAUCUGCUGCGCUUGUUCGGCCCUUGGGGCGGCGUCAGCAACGCGUUGUUCAAGGACGACACGCGGGGCCUGGUGUCGGUGGACAAGUCCUGGGACAAGUGGUCCGAGUGGCAGGAGACGCGUAACGCGUACGGAUCGGCAUAACGGACGGACCAACGGUGACACGGAGGAGGACACUACCGGGCAGCGAUUGUACGCGACACAGUGAACGAAUAAAGCUAUACACAUGUAAAUGCAA